UCAUAAUACUUCUACAAAACCCUAGUUUCCCUCCCUCGCCUAAUCCUCACCCUUAACCUCUCUGUUCUCUUCUGUCAUUGCUUCUCCUCCACACGCACAGAGACACACACUUUUGCAGUCACAUUGAGAAUGGGGCGUGUUCGCACGAAGACGGUGAAGAAAUCCUCGCGGCAAGUGAUAGAGAGGUACUACUCCCGCAUGACGCUGGACUUCCACACGAACAAGAAGGUUCUGGAAGAGGUGGCCAUCAUUCCCUCCAAGAGGCUCCGCAACAAGAUCGCGGGGUUCUCCACCCAUCUCAUGAAGCGGAUCCAGAAGGGUCCCGUGCGUGGAAUCUCCCUGAAGCUGCAGGAGGAGGAACGCGAGCGUCGCAUGGACUUCGUCCCCGAUGUCUCCGCCAUCAGGACCGACCAGAUCGAGGUCGACAAGGAGACGCUCGACAUGCUCGCCGCCCUCGGGAUGUCCGAGGUUCCUGGCAUCGUUCAGGUGGAUCCUGUUGCCGUCCAGGCGCCCCUCGGCUUCGGCCGUGGCGGCCCUGGAAGGAGGUACUAACUGUCCGCCUCCUUCGAGCUUCCAGUUUUUGUCGUGUUGUCAACUAGAGCACUAAUUUGUCAUGCGUUGAGUUUUGGUUUUACAUUAUUUUAAAAUUUCUGUAGCUGAGUUUCGGAUUGUUUGGACUUGUUAAAGCUGUUAAUGGAAUUCAUUUUGUCUUUGCUUAUAAUUCAUGUCGCAUGAUAUGGUCAGAACUGUUUUUAGUAAUGGACUAAUGGCAUAGUUUGAUUUC